GGCACAUAUGACUGCUUAGGAUACCAAAUGAUAUCUCUUGGAUUUCUCUUUGUGCAGCUGCGUGUGCUUUUGGGCGAUAUGUGAGCAGCACUGCCACUGUGUUGUAGGGACCACAUUUGGUGAUAAGCGCCGUCCAACGGCCCAGUGAUAAGCGGUUCGAACUUCCGCCCCUCGCAGGCGAUUGUUGUCUGGAGUCGAGUUGCUUGAACAGUUCUUGGAUUAACAACCGGUUGGUGAGAAGUGCGUGAAACUAGUUUGCCCUCGAAAUGCGAGUUCCGCUGCUGCUGCUGCAGCUGCUGGGGCUGCUCCUCCUCUCCGGCGGAGUCCAGUCCACCUACUGCCCAGCCGGAUGCACCUGCUUGCAGCGAACUGUGCGCUGCAUCCGCGCCAAGCUGACCGCCGUGCCCAAGCUGCCCCAGGAUGCCCAAACGGUAGAUUUGCGUUUCAAUCACAUCGAGGUGCUGCCGGCCAACGCGUUCAGCGGUCUCGUCCAGCUGACUACGCUUUUCCUGAACGAGAACGAGCUGGCUUACCUGCAGGAUGGGGCUCUCAAUGGACUGCCGGCGCUGAGGUUCCUCUAUCUGAACAAUAAUCGGCUAAGCCGCUUACCGGCGGACAUCUUCCAGCAAAUGCCACGCCUGGAGGCGAUUUUCCUGGAGAACAAUGACAUUUGGCAGCUGCCCGCCGGGCUCUUUGACAACUUGCCGCGCCUGAACCGCCUGAACAUGUACAACAACAAGCUGGCCGAACUGCCAGUAGACGGAUUUAAUCGGCUGAACAACCUGAAGCGCCUGCGACUGGACGGCAACCCCAUCGACUGCAAUUGUGGCAUCUACUCGCUGUGGCGCCGCUGGCACCUGGAUCUGAAGCGCCAGCUGGUGUCCAUCUCGCUCACCUGUGCCGCUCCCCAGCAGCUCGAAAAGCAGGGCUUUUCCAGCCUGCGAGAGCAACACUUCAAAUGCGCCAAGCCGCAGUUCCUGGUGGCACCACAAGACGCCCAAGCCGUUGCCGGGGAGCAGGUGGAGCUGAGCUGCGAUGUCACCGGCCUGCCCCGCCCCCAGGUCACGUGGAUGCACAACACGCAGGAGGUGGGCCUGGAGGAGUCGACGGGGGCGGAGAUCCUGCCCAGCGGCAGUCUGCUCAUCCGCAGCGCGGACCCCAGCGACAUGGGCAUCUACCAGUGCAUCGCGCGCAACGAGAUGGGUGAACUGCAUUCCCAGCCCGUUCGCCUGGUAGUUAAUGGCGGUAACCACCCACUCGAUUCGCCACUCGACGCCCGCAGCAAUCAGGUGUGGGCGGAUGCCGGAACAUCCACGCACGGAGCAACGACUGUGCCCUCGCCAUCGCCAUCGCAACCGCACUUUACACACCAGCCGCACGACCAAAUUGUGGCCCUUCACGGCUCUGGACACGUGCUGCUCGAUUGCGCCGCCUCCGGCUGGCCACAGCCGGACAUACAAUGGUUCGUCAAUGGCCGCCAACUCCUGCAGUCGACCCCCAGCCUCCAGCUCCAGGCCAAUGGCAGCCUCAUCCUGCUGCAGCCCACCCAGCUAUCAGCCGGCACGUAUCGCUGCGAGGCUCGCAAUUCUUUGGGCAGUGUCCAGGCCACCGCCCGCAUCGAAGUGAAGGAACUGCCCGAAAUUUUAACGGCACCGCAAAGCCAAACAAUCAAACUUGGCAAGGCCUUUGUGCUGGAGUGUGAUGCCGAUGGCAACCCGCUGCCCACCAUCGACUGGCAGUUCAAUGGAGUCCCACUGCCCGGAAAUACGCCCGACUUGCAGCUGGAGAACGAGAAUACCGAGCUGCUGGUGGGCGCUGCCCGGCAGGAGCAUGCCGGUGUCUAUCGCUGCACGGCGCGCAACGAAAAUGGGGAGACGAGCGUGGAGGCCACCAUCAAAGUGGAACGGUCGCAGUCGCCACCGCAACUCGCCAUCGAGCCGAGCAAUUUGAUGGCCAUUACGGGCACCACCAUCGAGCUGCCCUGCCAGGUCGACCAGCCGGAGGACGGACUGCAGAUUACGUGGCGCCACGAUGGCCGGCUCAUUGAUCCGAAUGUACAGCUGACGGAGAAAUAUCAAAUAAGCGGCGCCGGCAGUCUGUUCGUCAAGAAUGUGACCAUCCCGGAUGGCGGACGGUACGAGUGUCAGCUGAAGAACCAAUUUGGCCGGGUUUCCGCCUCCGCACUGGUUACCAUCAGAAACAACGUGGAUUUGGCUCCAGGAGAUCGGUAUGUGCGCAUCGCCUUUGCCGAGGCAGCCAAGGAGAUUGACCUGGCCAUCAACAACACCCUGGACAUGCUCUUCUCCAACCGAUCCGACAAGGCGCCGCCCAACUAUGGCGAACUACUGCGGGUCUUCCGCUUUCCCACUGGAGAAGCUAGGCAAUUGGCCCGCGCGGCGGAGAUCUACGAGAGGACACUGGUCAAUAUUCGGAAACACGUCCAGGAGGGAGAUAACCUGACCAUGAAGAGCGAGGAGUACGAGUUCCGCGAUCUGCUGUCACGAGAGCAUUUGCAUCUGGUGGCGGAGCUAUCGGGCUGCAUGGAACACCGUGAGAUGCCCAACUGCACGGAUAUGUGCUUCCACUCGAGGUACAGGAGUAUCGAUGGCACCUGCAACAACCUGCAGUAUCCCACCUGGGGCGCUUCACUCACCGCCUUCCGGAGACUGACGCCACCGAUUUACGAGAACGGUUUCAGUAUGCCCGUGGGCUGGACCAAGGGCAUGUUGUACUCGGGUCAUGCCAAGCCCAGUGCGAGACUGGUGUCCACCUCCCUUGUGGCCACCAAGGAGAUCACACCGGAUGCCCGGAUAACACACAUGGUGAUGCAGUGGGGUCAGUUCUUGGAUCACGAUUUGGAUCAUGCCAUUCCAUCCGUGAGUUCGGAGAGCUGGGACGGCAUCGAUUGCAAGAAGAGCUGCGAGAUGGCUCCACCGUGUUAUCCCAUUGAAGUGCCCCCGAAUGAUCCGCGCGUCCGAAACCGUCGUUGCAUUGAUGUGGUGCGAUCCAGCGCCAUCUGUGGAUCCGGCAUGACCUCCCUCUUCUUCGACAGCGUACAGCAUCGUGAGCAGAUCAACCAACUGACCUCCUACAUCGAUGCAUCUCAGGUGUAUGGCUACAGUACACCAUUCGCCCAGGAGCUGCGCAAUCUGACAUCCCAGGAGGGAUUACUGCGCGUGGGUGUCCACUUUCCGCGCCAGAAGGACAUGCUGCCCUUUGCUGCUCCCCAGGAUGGCAUGGAUUGCCGCAGGAAUCUCGAUGAGAACACCAUGAGCUGUUUUGUUUCGGGCGAUAUCCGGGUGAACGAGCAGGUCGGUCUGCUGGCCAUGCACACCAUUUGGAUGAGGGAGCACAACAGGAUAGCUAGCAAACUGAAGCAAAUCAAUUCCCAUUGGGAUGGGGACACCUUGUACCAGGAGGCUCGUAAGAUAGUGGGUGCCCAGAUGCAGCACAUCACCUUCAAGCAGUGGCUGCCCUUGAUUGUUGGCGAAAGUGGCAUGGAGAUGAUGGGCGAGUACCAAGGCUACAAUCCCCAACUGAAUCCCAGCAUAGCCAACGAAUUUGCCACGGCCGCCCUGCGAUUUGGCCACACCAUCAUAAACCCUAUUCUCCAUCGCUUGAACGAGACCUUCCAGCCGAUACCCCAGGGCCAUCUGCUCCUCCACAAGGCCUUCUUUGCUCCCUGGCGUCUGGCCUAUGAGGGUGGAGUGGAUCCACUGAUGCGGGGUUUCCUGGCCGUGCCCGCCAAGCUGAAGACCCCAGAUCAGAACCUCAACACUGAGCUCACGGAGAAGCUGUUCCAGACUGCCCAUGCUGUAGCAUUGGAUCUGGCGGCCAUCAACAUUCAGAGGGGCAGGGAUCACGGAAUGCCCGGCUAUAAUGUCUACAGGAAGCUAUGCAAUCUUACAGUGGCUCAAGACUUUGAGGACCUAGCCGGCGAAAUUAGUAAUGCCGAGAUACGCCAGAAGAUGAAAGAACUGUAUGGACAUCCGGAUAACGUGGAUGUUUGGUUGGGUGGCAUCCUCGAGGAUCAGGUGGAGGGCGGCAAGGUGGGUCCUCUAUUCCAGUGCAUGCUGGUUGAGCAGUUCCGUAGGCUUCGGGAUGGUGAUCGGCUGUACUACGAGAAUCCCGGUGUGUUUUCACCCGAGCAACUGACCCAAAUCAAGCAGGCCAACUUUGGUCGCGUGCUCUGCGAUGUGGGUGACAACUUCGACCAGGUCACCGAGAACGUGUUUAUUUUGGCCAAGCACCAGGGUGGCUACAAGAAGUGCGAGGAUAUAGCCGGCAUAAAUCUCUAUCUGUGGCAGGAGUGCGGCAGGUGCAACAGUCCACCGGCCAUCUUCGAUUCCUACAUACCGCAAACGUACACCAAGCGGAGCAACAGGCAGAAGAGAGAUCUCGGCAAGGAGAACGAGGAGGUGGCCACCGCCGAGAGCUAUGACAGUCCGCUGGAAACCCUCUACGAUGUGAACGAAGAAAGAGUCAGUGGGCUGGAGGAACUGAUUGGCAGCUUCCAGAAGGAACUGAAAAAGCUGCACAAGAAGCUGCGCAAGCUGGAGGACUCCUGCAAUUCCGCCGACUCCGAGCCAGUGGCUCAGGUGGUGCAGCUGGCGGCGGCACCGCCCCAGUUGGUUUCCAAGCCCAAGAGGAGCCACUGCGUCGACGACAAGGGCACCACCCGGCUGAACAACGAGGUCUGGUCUCCGGAUGUCUGCACCAAGUGCAACUGUUUCCACGGCCAAGUCAACUGCCUGCGGGAGCGAUGCGGCGAGGUCAGCUGUCCGCCGGGAGUUGAUCCACUGACGCCUCCGGAGGCCUGCUGCCCACACUGCCCGAUGGUCAAGUGAAGAGCCGUCAAAUGAAUUACGCAUAUCGACGUUUAUCCGUAGUAGCCACACUCACUCUAAUCAAAACCAAAAUGGAAACACACCGGCAAUUGCGCAAUGAGCAUGUUUAAUUGACAAUUAACUAACAAUGUACUGCUACACGUGUAAUAAAAUAAAGCACAUUAAUAACCCAU